AUGUUUUUCCUCUGGUCGCUCGUUAUUGGCCUUGCAACAGUAUCUUCGGCUCAUCUUUUUGGAGAUGAUCUGGAUUGUACUGGAAUUAAUGGAAUUAGACCCCAAUGCGAAUCGAAAGAGUCGUACUAUCAGCGUGAUGUGUUCUGGGUUGGCGGGCAUUAUGUAAAUGCUGCGAUUGGAUUGUUGACAUAUGAUCAAAUGUAUGUUGAGAAAUUGACGCCUCAUAAGGGUAUCAAGAAGCCAUAUCCUGUGGUGUUAUUUCAUGGUGGAGGAGUUUCUGGAGCAACAUGGCUCAACACACCUGACAAUCGCAAAGGCUUUGCGUCUAUGUUCUUGGAUCUUAAUUAUCAAGUAUAUAUCGUCGAUCAAACUAGUGUAGGGCGAGGAACCCAGGAGGAUUUGACAGGGUAUCCAUUAAGAAUUGGAUCAACAUCAAAUAUCAGCGAGGUUGGUUUCACUGCUCCAGAAAUCGCGGAUGCCUAUCCCCAAAGCCAACUACAUACUCAAUGGCCCGGAACUGGACUUCGCGGAGAUCCUAUUUUCGAUGCCUUUGAAAGUGGAUUCAUGCCCUUGACCACCAACAACACACGACAGGAAAUAUCAAUGCGUGCAGCUGGUUGCCAGCUUCUUCAUCUGAUCGGUCCCUCGUUCUUGAUUUCCCAUUCCAUCGGCGCAAUCCACCCCAUUGUAAUUUCAGACGAAUGUCCAGAUCUAGUGCUUGGUAAUGUGAAUCUCGAACCCGGAAAUAUCCCCUUUGAAUCGUAUACUGGAAAUGCAACAUCGUCUGUUGGAAGGACCACUACUCGACCAUUCGGUUUGACCGUAUCCAAUCUCAAUUAUGAUCCACCCAUCUCCAACUACACCGAUCUCAUCACCGAGACGGUGGGUGAAGAUACCCUCGAAAGGAGAUCUUGCAUACAGCAAAGCAGCACCGCCGAAAACUACACCAUCCAUACUCUCCCUAAUAUAGCCAAGGUCCCAUAUGUCGCAUUCACCGGUGAAGCAUCUCCGCACAUCACGUACGAACACUGCAUUAUUCAGUACCUCAACCAAGUUGGUGUGAAGGCUAAUUGGAUCAAGAUGGCUGAUGUUGGUGUUCAUGGCAAUGCUCACUUUGGAUUUCUCGAAAAGAAUAAUGUCGAGUACUUUAAGGUCGUAGAGAGCUGGAUCAAGAAGGCAUCCAAUGGAAUUGGGUUCGAUUCCGGAAGAUAUUCAUCCUGGAAAGCGUGA